GAUUCGGAUUUGGUACGACAAAUGUGUGAAGCGGAGUUCCGUAAAGCAGUAAAGUAAAAAAAAUCUAUUAACUGUGUGAGCAAUGAAGCACACCUAAAAUUACAGAAUAAUGCGCAUUAUAUUAGCGUGUUUUAAUUAUAUUUUUUAGAAACUAUUCAAAAUAUAUAAUUGAUAAAAUUUUAUAUAAUUUUCUAAACAAUAUUGUGGUAAAAUUGUUGUUCGAUGUGACGCUUAAGAGUGGAAAAUUCGUGAUUAAAAAAAGUCGUCUGAGAUGCGUCAAACAUGAAUGAAGGUGAGUCAGCAGGAGGGGGGCAUCAAGGGCCAAACCCGGCCCCUCCUGCUGUGCUAGACCGCAGAUCACCUUUACCGAAUUUAAAUUUAAUAAUUAAUAGAAAUAACAGUCAAACCAGAGCAGUAUCGCCCUUGGUGACUGGUAUUGAUACCAAUACAUUAUUACCAACGGUUGGCCGAAAAAGCUAUCAUCAAGCUUUUACACAACAACAGCAACAGCAACAACAACAGCAACAACAACCGGAACAAAGUCAACAAAUAAUUAACAAUAAUAUAACCAACGCUCAAACAGCAGGUGUAGCGAUACAACAAAAGCAAAAACAACCGGUGCAUAUGCCGCAGACGCCUUCAUUAAGGUUUUCUACAGCGGGUUUCAAUUCGCAUCAAGUUUCACAGCCGUCCGGAUCUGUAGUGACCGUAGGAAACACGAAGUCCAAAGAAAAACGAAUUGAACUUGAAUCGAUAGACGAAACCCCGCCGUCUAAUAAGCGCCUAAGACUGGAACCAAUUACUGAAAGUGUAGUUGGUAGUGCUAAUAAAAGUAACGUUCUUUUAUCAUUGCUUCCAACAACUGAACAUAUUUUAGAAACUAAGAAAGAAGAAUCUGCAGCACUAUCAAAACAAUAUUUGUCCACAAUACCACCAAUACCAGACAACACAAACAUUAAUAAUUUAUUAAGUGAAUUUACAAAUAUUUUAGUAGAAAGUUUUACUGAAAAUGUUUUCGAGUUAUAUGCAAUGGUUACAGACGUCGUAAUAAUGGACGAGACGUUUCGUGAAAAACCAAUUCCACAGUUGAUCACCUUCCGGAAAGCUAAUAGCAUUGAAUUAUUGAUCAAAGAAGAAAAAUCCGAUUUACCAGAGCAACAGGUUACAUUUCAACAGACAUCUGAAAGUAUUGCAAGUACCAUUGGAACUGGAACAAGCAACAAUAUUCAUGUACAACCGCCGCAGUUACAACAAAUUAAACGUUCUGAAAGCCCUGCUACAACAUCAAUUAAUAAAACGAACGCAACAACUGAUACACAUAUCUCCACUACUGCACCAGCUACCAUUGGAAAUAACUCAAUUACUACAAGUGGCACUACAACACGCAUUACCGAUGAUAGUAAUAAUGCUUUACCACAAGGAGCUGAAAUCAAGAUACCAGCAGUUGGAGCAACACCAGUAGCAGUAUCAACAAAAUUACCAGCUGCUGUGGUACAACUCUCCCAACAAGGUCACAUACCCGGUAGACCUUUAGGAGGUCGUCACGGGAUGGUGUUUGGUCAAAUACCUGCUCCACCUGCAGUAGGAAACUCUUCAGUACCUUUGGUGCCAGUAAGCGACCCAGUAGGCUAUGGAUUUGUUGAAAUUGAAAAUUUUUUAUUAAUAAAUUUUGUGGGGGCGGAGAAGGAUUAUUCAUGGUGUGAUCCUGAACUCUGUCAAGAUGGCUUAAAACAUAUUGCCUGUCGGACAACUGGAGCAUUCCAUCGGCGUUGUAAACCAGACUCUGUAGAUGUGGAUGUAUCGGCAUAUAAAUCUGUCUUCGUACAUGAACACAAUAAGCGUCGAAAUUUUAUUGCUCUGGGUUUACUACCUGGAUAUUAUCCAGCUUCGAGGAUGGCAACAAUGGUUUGGGAUGAUGAAUUGCAAUACCUUUCAUCGUUAAAUGUACGUACUUGCAUACUGGAUCACGAUGAUUGUCAUAACACAUACAGAUUUAAGAACUCUGGUCAAAAUCUUGUUGCAGUCUAUAGAGAUCGUUCACCCUUUGUGAAUGUAACAAGUCUAAUAGAACAAUCUCUAAAUCUUUGGUUUGAUGAGUAUCCACUUAUAGACAGUACAUAUAUAGACUCAUUUAAAGUCACCAAAUACUUCGAAGACUAUGGACAUUUUGCCGAAAUGGUUGUUGAUCGAAAUACUCAUGUUGGUUGCUCCAUUAUGCGUUUUACACGGCCGGACUAUCCCAUCGUUUAUAUAUAUCAUAUUGUUUGCAAUUAUGGUUCAAUUUAUGCGCUUGAGACGCCGGUCUACACAAUUGGCUACCCUGCUUCCAGAUGUAAAACCGGAAAAAAUCCGCACUACCCAGGACUGUGUUCGGUCAAAGAGCAAAUUAAUCCAAAUUAUUAGCACAAAUUGUACAAAUGUAUUCCUUUAUUUUCGUUGGUAUUAAUAAAUUUAAAUAGGUAUUUUUAGAAUUAAUACACUACAUGACUGGUUCAUGAACACUCUUUGAAAAUAUUGUGUGUUAUGUAUUUUUGUUAAUAUAUUAAAGAAUCAACUGCACAACAUCUUGAAAUUGUAUCAU